AGGAAAAAUGUGAAUGGCUCAAACGUGUCAGGCACAAUGGCAGUGGCGGUAGCAGUGCUUUUGUCACGGAAACUAUGGUCUAUAGAUGAUGCUAUUGCUACGUGAAUUACACACACUCUCUCUUUCUCUCUCCGUUUCUCUAUAUAAAUUUCUCACGCGUCUUCAUUCCUCUCAUUCCCUCUGAAUUGUUCUCACCCUUCAGAUCUCUCUCUCUCACUCCCUCUCCCUUCCUUCCAUCCCAACCACAAGGUUGCUGAGAAGACAUAAAAAAUGGUAAAGAUUUGCUGCAUUGGAGCUGGCUAUGUUGGUGGCCCAACCAUGGCUGUGAUUGCCUUGAAGUGUCCUGAGAUCGAGGUGGUCGUGGUGGACAUUGCUGCUCCACGAAUCAACGCGUGGAACAGUGACCACCUCCCGAUAUACGAGCCCGGCCUUGAUGAUGUGGUGAAGCAGUGUAGGGGGAAGAAUCUCUUCUUCAGCACUGAUGUGGAGAAGCAUGUUGCUGAGGCUGACAUUGUCUUUGUCUCGGUGAACACACCGACAAAGACUCAGGGUCUUGGAGCCGGUAAGGCGGCUGAUCUCACAUAUUGGGAGAGUGCUGCCAGGAUGAUUGCUGAUGUAUCAAAAUCGGACAAGAUCGUGGUUGAGAAAUCGACCGUGCCUGUGAAAACAGCUGAGGCAAUUGAGAGGAUUCUGACUCACAAUAGGAAAGGCAUCAAUUUCACAAUUCUGUCAAACCCUGAGUUUCUUGCUGAGGGUACAGCAAUUGCAGACCUGUUUAAGCCGGAUCGAGUCCUCAUCGGAGGCAGGGAAACCCCAGAGGGUCAAAAGGCUAUUCAUUCUCUGAAGAGUGUUUAUGCCCAUUGGGUUCCUGAGGACAGAAUCCUUUGCACCAAUUUGUGGUCUGCUGAACUCUCAAAGCUUGCAGCCAAUGCUUUCCUGGCCCAGAGGAUCUCCUCUGUGAAUGCCAUGUCGGCGCUUUGCGAGGCAACUGGUGCUGAUGUCUCCCAGGUGUCACACUCAAUCGGGACAGACUCGAGAAUUGGACCAAAGUUCCUGAAUGCCAGUGUUGGUUUUGGUGGAUCAUGCUUCCAGAAGGACAUAUUGAACUUGGUCUAUAUCUGUGAGUGCAAUGGCCUACCAGAGGUGGCCAAUUACUGGAAACAGGUCAUCAAGGUGAAUGACUACCAGAAAAUGCGGUUCGUAAAUCGCGUGGUGUCAUCAAUGUUCAACACAGUCUCAGGGAAGAAGAUUGCUGUUUUGGGAUUUGCUUUCAAGAAGGACACUGGUGACACUAGGGAGACCCCAGCCAUUGAUGUGUGCAAGGGCCUUUUGGGAGACAAGGCCAAGUUGAGCAUAUAUGAUCCUCAGGUCACUGAGGAUCAAAUCAUGAGGGAUUUAGCAAUGAAGAAGUUUGAUUGGGACCACCCUGCUCAUCUUCAACCACUGAGUCCAACUUCCAACAAACAAGUAUCUGUGGUUUGGGAUGCCUAUGAGGCAAUCAAGGAUGCACAUGGCAUCUGCGUUAUGACUGAGUGGGAUGAGUUCAAGAACCUUGAUUACCAGAAGGUUUAUGACAGCAUGCAGAAGCCUGCAUUCAUUUUCGAUGGCCGCAACGUCGUGGAUGUUAACAAGCUGAGGGAAAUUGGUUUCAUUGUUUACUCCAUUGGCAAACCUCUAGAUUCAUGGCUCAAGGACAUGCCUGCAGUGGCUUAAAGAAAAAAAUAAAGAAAAAAGCACAAUCUGGAGCUUCCUUUAGGGAUGUUGAAUUUGCUGUUGGUCUUUCAGAGAGAAUGCCCCCCCCCCCCCCCCCCAAUCCAUCCUCCUGAUAUGAUGAUGAUUAUCAUGCUAUUCUUAAUAGUUUAGAUUUCUGUUGCUGUUUUUGUCUUUGAUGUUACUUUUUAUUGGAUCAGGUUUUACCCCAAGGUAGAGAGAGCUUAAUUUCCUAAGUAUAUUAUUGUCUUUAGCUCGCUAAAAAUCCUUAUUUGUUGACCUGGUUUAUUGUAAUAAAGGAGUACCAAGGGAUUUUUUAUACAACGGAUAUCAUUCGUUUUA